UGAUUCUAUGAUUUAAGAACACUGUGGGGUGAAGAUGAUAUCUUCUCCAGCCUUUUUAUAGUAUAUGCUUCUAAGUUCCUUAUGUCUCACUGCCUCCUGCAUGUAUAAGACAGUAGUUGAGCCCCCUAAGAUUCUACUGGACAGAGUUGUUUGUAAAAUAACUUCUGACACAUCUGAAUUCUGGUUGGUGAUUGAACCAUUUGCAGAAUUGUGCUUUGACUUGUCCUCCCAUGUAUUUUGUCCUUUGCUUAUCUAUUUCUCCUCAGAUUUUCUCUUUUCUUUUAUCCUCCCAGCCCUGGAGAAUGCCUCUCUCCAAGACUGCAGCCUCUCGGAGCAAGAAGAGGAAGAAGAUGCCCUCUGGGAGAAGAUAGAGAGUGCACGGCACCAGCUGACCCGCUCCCUGAACCCUGCAAAACUCACCCCAUACCUGCGCCAGUGCCGUGUGAUAGAUGAGCAGGAUGAGGAGGAGGUGCUGAAUUCAUGCCGAUUCCCUUGCAAAAGCAACCAGACAGGUUACCUGAUGGACAUCCUUCGGCGCCGGGGUAAGCGAGGCUAUGAAGCCUUCCUGGAGUCCUUGGAGUUUUACUACCCAGAGCACUACACGCGACUAACAGGGAGGGAACCAGCCCAGCGCUGCUCCAUGAUCCUGGAUGAAGAAGGCCCUGAGGGGCUAAUGCAAUUCUUGCUGGUAGAGGUGAAGAAGAUGAGGGCUCAGCGGAAAGAGCACCUGCUGAAGGAACAUCAGCUCCAGGCAAAGAACCAGACCUUAGAACAAGAGCAAACUCGGCUGGAGCAGCGGCUGCAGGAGCUCCUGAAGGUGCAGGAGCGUUGCCAACGACUGCGGGAGGAGUGGGAUUCCAACAGUGUAGAGCUGCUGAGGCUGAAGGAUGAGAACUACAUGAUGGCCAUGCGCUAUGCACAGCUCUGUGAGGAAAAGAACAUGGCUGUACUGCGGAGCCGUGACCUGCAGCUGCUGGUGGACCAGCUGAAGUGCAAAGUUACCAGCCUGGAGGAGGAGUGCAGCCUGCUGAGGAAACAAGCGUCUACUCUGCCCCAACGGGAGGCAGAGGAGCGGGGCCACCCUGAUGCUGUGUCUGAACUGUGGGCUGAGAAUCAGCGGCUGACAGCAUCAUUGAAGGAGCUGCAGGGCAUGCUGCAGACUCCAGGUGAGGUCCCAGUGCCGGGCUCUGAGCAGAUCCUACUGGACAUCCUGGAGCAUGACUGGAAGGAAGCCCAAGAUGACCGACAAGACCUCUGCCAGAAACUCAACUCCCUGCAGAGUGAGCUGCAGUGGGCUGAGGAGCUUAGGGAUAAGUACCUACAGGAGGUGGAAGACCUGCAGCUGAAAUAUCGAACACUGCAGAAGGACUGCGAUCUCUACAAACACCGCAUGAACACGGUGCUGCUGCAGCUGGAGGAGAUCGAGAAAGAGAGAGACCAGGCAAUCCAGAGCCGAGAUGGGGUGCAGCUGCAAUAUUCCCAGAGCCUGAUUGAGAAGGAUCAGUACCGCAAGCGUGUGCGGGCCCUGGAGGAGGAGAGGGAUGAGCUCCUGAGCAAGCUGAGCCGGGUGGAAGGGCUGAACAGCACUCUGGAGGCACAGCUGCAGCGGUGCCGAGGCAACCGCAGCCUGGGCAAGAUGUGCAGCUCUUCCUACUCCCUUUGCUCCAACCUCAGCAGCACAUGGAGCCUUGUGGACAAGCCUUCUGACCUUACGAGCGGACUCACAGACCCACUGGGUGUUUCUGCCAUCACAUUCCCAGGGGACUCUGCCAUUCAGAGCAUGGAGGGGACUCCUGACAGUGAGAAGGACAUCAACCGCCUCUCUACCUUCCCCUUCCCUCCUUGCAUCGGCUCCAUCCUUCGUCGGCAGCGUGAAGAUAGGUGCAUGCCCUACAAAAGCUUGUCCUGCGGCUCCUUCAGCAGCAUGGAAGAUACAGCAGGCAACAGUUUUGUUAGCAUCCCACCUGGGGCCUUCUCCUCCUCUUCCAGCAGCACCUACACCAGGGUGAAGUCAGAGACCUGCUUGUCCAUGCUUACCAGCCACAAGGAGAUCUCUAGGAGGUCACUGGUGGUGCAGCUCACGAGCAUGGGUCACCCCAACAGCCUGUUGUCCCAUGAGAAGAGGCUGGGAGCAGACAUCUCCAUCCUUGGAGGGAACAGGACGGGGAUUUAUGUCCAGUGGGUCAAGCCGGGCUCACUAGUCGAGAGCACAGGACUCAGGGAAGGGUGCCGGCUCAUUGAGUUGAGGGUCCCAUCACUGAAGGAAGAGGUGCUUUCUCUGGAGAACUGUACACGUGAGGUUGCCUACCUGAGCCUGCUGCAUUGGGAUGAACCCUCCAGCCUUGUCUUCCAGCUGGACCUGCAAGGGUACCAACCUCUACGGGAAGCCUUAGAAGAAGGGAAGAAGUUUUCUGGGGACUCAUUCUACAUCCGUACCAACCUGUCCCUCCUGGAGCCAUCAGACCCUUAUGCUCUAUGUGUCAAAUGUCGGGAGAUCCUGCAUGUCACAGACACCAUGUACAAGGGGCGGCUGGAGUGGUACUGUUCCCGUGUCGAUCCCUUGACCAUGCGGGACUUGGACAAGGGGACAGUGCCCAACUACAGCAGGGCACACCAGCUUUUGAAGAUCCAGGAGAAGGUCCACAUACCUGGGCAGCAGAGGGGCCACAGAAAUAAUCUAAAGAAACGGGCCUUGGACCAACUACGCUUGGUGAAAUCCAAACAGCAGAAGGGCCCAGAACAGCCCUGUCAGCAGCUGUGGCUGGACCCCUGUCCAGACCCAGACAGGAGCCUGAAGCCUUACAGCCUGGUGCACCCUGUGGUGGUCAAGACACCCCGUCCCGUGGUGCUGUCCCCCAGCUGCAUUGCACUACGGCUCAUCAGGAACCUGCUGGAUUUGCCCACCUCUCGCCUGGACUUCCACGUGUGCCCAGCAGAGAAGCUGACAGACCCCAGUGCUGCCCAUGUGCAGGAGUCCCCCAUGUCUAGAAAUGCCCCCCAGGAGCGAAGGGAGAGCAGUCGAGUCUGCAUGAUCCAGGAGGCAAUGCAGAAGAAUAAACACUGCCUGCUGGAGCUGGGAGUUCAGAGUGUGAGGGAUCUAAUUAAACGUGAGAUAUACCCCAUUGUUAUCCACGUUGAGGUCACUGAGAAGAACGUCAGGGGGUUCAGGAGCUUGCUGGGGCAGCCUGGCCAGCGUGAUGCGGAGGUGCUGAAGGCAUGUCGUGGUGCUGAGCGGGCUCUCCAUGCUCUACCCUGCUCUUGGGCUCGUGUGGAGCCCCAUGCCUGGAGCCACGCAGAAGAACUGCCCAAGGUGGUGCGGAGCUGCAUCUUCCAGGAGCAAAACCGCCCACUGUGGGUUGAGGAUGGUGAUGACUGAAUCUGGAGGUACAGAGCCUUCCCCAGGUGCUGUCCUUCAGGUAGCAUGUCCUCUCUCUCCAAGGGGAUGCUGGCAGCAAUGGGACCAGGUAGCUUUUAAGGUCCACUUGGGGCUGUGAAGAGUUGGGGAUGUAAAGCAUGUUGACCCACCAGCCUGAGUUUUCCAUAUUUGACUGGAGAGAAGUCUUCCACCUUCUUGCUGGACAUCUCAUGGACUGUUCCCCAUCACCUUGAGCCUUUGGCUCUGGUACAUGGUGAGACUGGGAACACGAGGAAAACAUGUGAGAUGAGGCUGAGCAAGAGCAUAUCUCACGCGUGCAUGCAUCUAGUGUGUUAAAACCCUUCUCUCAUCUCCUUUGUUUUCCCUUCUCUACCUCACCUCCUGCCCCAUGGAGCAGGAAACACAGUUUGUCUGCAAACACCCUGCUGUAGCCAGACUGACACUAAGUUUGCAACCAACCCUCGUUUUAUGGGAGCUGUACUCUUUAUUGCUUGUAAAUUAUUAAUGGGCCCUUUUAUUGGCAACCCGUGUGUAAAAGAGAAUUAAAUACCAUUCAUAAUAGGAAUGGGA